GUCGCUUCAGGAAUCAAAUCUAACAGUCGACGUCUUUCUUCUUUGUUCAUCAUAAAAAGAGAGAGAGAGAGAGAGAGAGAUUUUUUUUUUGUGACUCAAUUUUAAAUGUUGUCCAAUUUAAUGCAGCAUUCCCCUUUUUCGUGUUUUACCAUGACGCAUGUGGACCAACCAUCUAUUCAUUUAAAAGAAGCCAUUGAUAGAGUCAAGGCACAGUCUAAACUAAUGCAAAAGUGUUUAGAUAAACAUCGAUUGAUGGACGCCAUUAAAUACUGUUCUCAUCUGCUAUCUGAAUUACGUACGGAUCUGUUAGCGCCACGUCAUUAUUAUGAGCUAUACAUGACUGUGUUUGAUACCAUGCGUUACUUGACAAGCUAUUUAGCAGAGACACAUCUUUCAGGCAAACAUCAUUUAGGUGAUAUUUAUGAGCUUGUACAAUACGCAAGCCGUAUUAUACCUCGUCUUUAUCUUAUGGUGACAGUGGGUACUGUCUACUUGAGUGUACCUGAUAGUCCGCCUGCUUCUGAAGUCAUGAUGGAUAUGAUGGCCAUGGCAAGAGGCGUACAAGAUCCUGUACGUGGGUUAUUCUUGUUGCAUUAUCUCGGUGGGAUGACAAGAGACUUUUUACCUCACAAUCAUGAUAUAGAAGCAACCAUUGGGUUCUUUUUAAUGAAUUUUGUUGAAAUGAACAAACUAUGGGUGAGAAUGCAACAUGUAGGCCACUCAAGAGACAAAGCAAAAAGAGAGUCCGAAAGAAAGCAAUUGGGUACUUUGGUAGGCACAAAUCUUGUUCGAUUAAGUCAGUUAGACAUUGAUCUUGCCUUGUAUCAAACACAUAUCUUGCCAGGCAUGUUGAAUGAAAUUGUAAGUUGUGGUGAUGUGAUGGCUCAAACCUAUUUAAUGGAUGUUGUUAUUCAGAUAUUCCCUGACGAAUUUCAUAUGGAUACAUUGACACCUUUCUUGGCUACGACAGCUCAAUUGCAUUUCAAUGUGGAUGUCAAAGUGAUCAUUAUGGCCUUAUUAGACAGACUGGCCAGUUAUGCGCAACAUACGACUGUCAAAGCACUGUUUGAGCUAUUUUGGGAUGAGAUCAUGCAGCUUGUCAAGACACGCCAACUGCCUGUACAAGAUCAAACAUCUCUAUUUCUUUCUUUGGCUAAUUUCUCAGUGCAUUCAUAUCCUGAUCGACUGGAUUAUAUGGACAAGAUUCUUCAAUUUACGCAUGAAUGCACUCAUCAUGUACAGCAUUCCAAACUAUCGGAUACCCAUGUGUUGCAGUUACUCUUGUUACCCACAAAGACAUGGGAUGUCUUGACCUUGAUUUCGCUUAAAUACUAUCAACCCUUGCUGGCCAUUCAAUCCUAUGGCACACGAAGAACUGUAGCCCUGAGUAUACUGGACACGAUUCUGACGCAAGAAAGACGGAUUGAUCAACCAGAACAAGUCUAUCAAAUACUCGAGAUUUGCCAUGUCUUGAUCAAAGACAAUGGGUUUUCACAACAACUGUAUCCUUCAGAACAACAGGAUGAUCGUGAUGAACAUGGUUGGAUAGCUCGAUUAGUUCAUUUGUUCUAUUCAGAUGACCAAGAUGUCCAAUUCUUAUUGCUCUCUGCAGCGAGGCAACAACUUGAAAAAGAUACAGGCGAAAGAAUCAAGGCCAUCUUUCCUUCUUUGAUCAUCUCUUGCUUUAAGCUUGCGAAACGAUACCAUACACAUCAUGUCAACCCAGACAAACAGAUGUCCACCCUCUAUACCUUUAUUCAUCAGAUCAUCAUGACUUUGCAUCGACAAUCUGACGCAUCAUCAGCAUCUGUACAGUUUUCAUUGAUGGCAGGACAAAAUGCAUUCGCAUGUGGGUAUACUGAUGUUGCUUUGGAUUUCUAUUGGAUGGCCUUAAGGAUCUAUGAAAAAUCCGUAUCGCAUUCUCGAGCCCAGUUUGAUGCGAUUGUGUACUGUAUCGGUUCUCUUUUGUGCAGUAUGCACGAUGAUGCUCUGGUGACCAAGAUCACUUUGCUAGGUACCAAGUUACUCAAACGACCCGAUCAGUCCCGUGCCAUCUAUCUUUCGUCUCAUCUAUGGCAACAUGGGCGUGUCCUUGAAUGUCUACAGAAAUCAAGCCGAGUAGCAGAACAAUGCCUAGAUAUUGCCACCCAUCAAGUCUUGUUAUUGGAACUUGUUCAUCAAUACGUUUAUUACCUACAAAAGGAGAAUGAGAGUAUUGCACCUCAACAUGUGACUGAACUGAUAGAGUUGAUCUCAUCCCGUAUGAAAUAUCUCUCUGCUCCAGAUCAACACCCAACCACACCUAGUUCAUCUAGUUUGUUUGAAGUGAAUCAAGAUUACAUUCAACGUCAACUCGACCAAGUGAAGCAAUUAUGUCGCGAUCGUGGCGUGUUAUAAUUUUAUUAUGAUUAUUAUUAUUUUGACAUCUAAUACAACCGUUAGUCAGUGUGUUGGUUAUUGUAUCGACACUUACCAUCA